AUGUCCAGCGAAGCAGUUAACCCUAAAGCAUUUCCUCUUGCUGAUGCCGCUCUGACGAACCAGAUUCUCGACCUGGUUCAACAGGCGUCACAUUACAAGCAACUGAAGAAGGGCGCCAAUGAGGCCACAAAGACGUUGAACCGAGGCAUCUGCGAGUUUAUUAUCAUGGCAGCUGAUGUAGAACCUAUUGAGAUUGUUCUUCAUCUGCCUUUGCUUUGCGAAGACAAAAACGUUCCUUACGUAUUUGUUCCAUCUAAGGUUGCGUUGGGCCGAGCCUGCGGUGUUUCUCGUGCUGUUGUCGCGGCAAGUGUAACGACGAACGAAGCCCGUGAGCUGCAGAGUCAGAUUCAAACCAUUAAGCUUGCUGUAAGUGCUUCAUAUGGCGCAUUCAGGCUAACAUAG